GUCUGCCGUGAGCUCAGCCUAUAUGAAGCCGCCACUUUCCUCUCAUUUCGGAAGGGAAGUGCUUUCAUGUCUCUCUGCUGCUUUCUGGCCCUUUGGUUGCGAUCUCCAACGGCUUACUCGGCUCACUCCUGCCCCGGCCGCAGCAGUGCGCCGCGCUCUACUGUGUCGCUGAACACAGCCAUCUGUACCUCUUUGCACAACUCGGUCGACCGAAGGCCUCCGCGCCAACUCCAAACAUGUCUGUUCGCGGUCGCGGUCGUGGUGAUGGUGAUGGUGAUGGUGACGGGGGGCGCGGCGAAUGUGGUGCAGCUGGUACAGCUCAGACUCUGGGUGAUGUGAUGCGAGGGGGCCCUAUCCAUUCUCCUGACAUAAUUGUCAUCGACCAGACGUACGACGAAGUGAGUCGAAAAGACGACCUCAGCCUCAGCGAGGACCUCUGGCUGAGCUCGGCCGACGGCCGGUACAGCUCAACCAUCAUACCUCUACGUGUCGGGCGGGCGCCUGUUCAAGAGGUUUUUUAUGUGCAUAGGGAUGUCUUGCUCUCGACCGAGUACUUCCGAAAAGCACUUUGCGGAGACUUCAGAGAAGCCGAAGCGCAGUCGAUGGACUUUCCUGAAGAGGACCCGGCCAUCUUUCACUUCCUCGUUGCCUUCUUGUAUCAGAGAAGCUUCGUCCCAAUCAGGCCUGCGGCAUCCGCGCUUGAUGUCGAUGAGUCGGGCCGGGGGAAGGCGCAGCACCAGCACGACCCGAGCUACAGGAGCGAGUCCGAGUCGGAGAUCUCGUCCUCGGAGGCCAGCGACACGAGUGCCAGGAGUCGGCUCAGGGCGCAACGGCGGCAACGGCGACGAGAGCGGCAAUGGGAACGCUUGAACCGAAAACAACCCGGCGUGCACCGCCCGGAUUGCAGAUGCCCGCGGUGCACCACCACGGCCGGACCGCCAUGCUGGAACUGCGGCGUCAGUCGCGCGAGGCCGAUGCCGGGACACCUACCGCCGCACAUUAUCCCCCCGAUCCCAUCAACGAGGCCCGCCGUCAUGCCACCGCAUCGCCGCCGCCGCAGUCGACAGCCAAUCCUCACACCGCCAGGGUCGACCCCUUCGGUCGGCGCAUCGACCUCGGCUAACGACGAAUUUAUGGAUGGCGACCGCAUACGGGGCGACGACAUGCGCACGUGGCUCGCCAUCUAUGACCUCAGCAUUUCCGUCUACGCGUGCGCGAACAAAUACCUUAUGGACGACUUCAAAACCGUCAUCCAGCGCCACUGCGUCGACAUGCUCGAGUCCGCCGGCCCCGACGCAGCACAGUCGGCGGUCCUCCAGCUGUGCUCGAAGCUGUACACCGCCGUGCCCGAGUCCGACCCGUUGUUGAAGAUGAUCUUCGCUCGCAUCGGCUUCUUGCAGCCUCUACUAUGGCAGCGGGCGCCGCAGCAUACGUCCGAGUUCCUCGUCGGACAUCCAGAGGUAGCGGCCCUGAUGCUCCGCGAGACGGCGAUCCGGAGAGAAGAGGACCUGGGCAGCAGAGCGCUGCCGUCGAUGGAGCGGGCGAUGCACCCGCACACCAUGCCCGCGUGGUCGGCCGGUCCCCCCAUGCACCCUCACAUGCGGCGGCCGCCGCCGCCGCCGCCACUGCCACAUUGGCACCCGGCUCCCCGUUUGGCCUUUGAGUAAUCGCGACGGGGUCUUGGUUCUUCUCAGCCGUGGGUUGAAGCUGUGGCAGCCAGGCACGUCGCGACGGUACAUCGAGCAGGGAAGAUCGUCGCCAUGGUUCGGCUCACACCUUUUGCGCGUGAUUUGAGCUGGGCCGAACGACCCAAAACAAAAACAAAAGGGGAGGGGGCACACAUAAUACAUAUCAUCGGAUGACCAGGGCGAAACUCUGUUUGAUCGAACUUCCAUCCUCGGGAUCCUUUGUCCCAUGGCGACGGAACCCACGUCGCUUUUUGUUGAGUAAAUCCCCCCUCCCCUUUUAGAUAGCUACCACAGGAUAAAAAAAAAGAAAUUGAACCCCC